AUGACCCAUAAAGGAGAAAAAAACAGAUCGGAACUCGGAGACGGCGUUUCCUUCGCCGUCGUGUUCACCAUGUUCAAGAGAGAUGAUUACAUUCGAACUAAACCCGACGCCGGCUUUUCCAAGUGGCAGGGUUUUGCUCGAUCCAUGCUUCUGCGUAAACCCUUUUCAGAAACUGCAGAACUACGGAGAACUAUUGCGGAUUACUCCUCCAUUUCUCGGGAUUUUGAUCCAAAGAUUCUGAUUGGAGCCAACGAUAAGGAAAAUCUCAGAAGGGGAAAAGAUCGUGUAGGUAGAUACAGAGUCCAAGGAUCCAUCCCGGGUCUCGGUGUAGCUGUCACCGAUCAUGAACAGAGCCGAAAAGUUGAACCAGAUGAUGCUCAUGUGGCUUCUCUUGGUCAAACCGAAAGCAUUAUAUCUCGGCUCCAGCCUUAUGGUAGAUCAAUUGCUCAUCAUGACUUGCUUAAGAGCCAGAGAAAACCGGGUUUGUCUCAAACAAGUCAGAAGAAAACUGGCAGCAGAAGCAAAGACAAGAAGCAUGAUGUUGCAGAAGAGAGAGAGGUCAGCUCUGUUGCAGCUGAGGAGAAGAGUAAUGUUCUUGCAUCGAUACUUAGACUCACUCGGUCCAAGCCUCAAUCGGUGGUUUCAGAGAGACAUGACGAUGGCAUUAUUAAUGGAUCUGAUUCUGCUUUUGUUUGUGGAGUCUUACUAGAAGAUGGUACUACUUGCACUAGAACACCAAUCAAAGGAAGAAAGAGAUGCACGGAGCAUAAAGGACAGAGAAUUUCAUGUGUUCCCGUCGUGAGAAAAUUACCAUGUGAAGUUCCUACUGGGAGCGAAUGCGAAGAAACUGAGGAUAUAUGUGGAGUGAUUUUACCUGACAUGGUACCUUGCACAAGAAAGCCUGUUUCAAAGAGAAAACGAUGUGAGGACCACAAGGGAAUGAGAAUCAAUGCCUUCUUCUUUCUGCUGAACCCAACAGAACGCGAUCAAGCUGUCAAAGAGGAUAAAUCCAAACACGAGACAUCAAGUGCAGGCAUGAACAAAAAGGAUCCGGGUCUGAGUAUUUACUGUGAAGCUACGACCAAGAAUGGUCUGCCUUGUUCAAGAAUAGCUACUACGGGAAGCAGAAGAUGUUGGCAGCACAAAGAUAAAACUUUGGACAGCAGAUCAUCCGAAAAUGUUCAGUCAGCAACCGUGAGUCAGGAAAUUUGCGGUGUGAAGCUGUACAAUGGUUCGGUAUGUGAGAAACCUCCAGUAAAAGGACGGAAGAGAUGCGAGGAGCACAAGGGGAUGAGAAUCACAUCUUGA